UGCUGCGCCCGCUGCUGCUGCUCGCCGCGCUCUGCCUGGCCGGCCGCCCGGCGCGCGCCUGCCAGCUGCCCUCCGAGUGGAGACCCCUGAGCGACGGCUGCCGCGCGGAGCUGGCCGAGACCAUCGUGUACGCCAAGGUGCUGGCGCUGCACCCCGAGGCGCCCGGCCUCUACAACUACCUGCCGUGGCAGUACCACGCCGGCCAGGGCGCGCUCUUCUACUCCGCCGAGGUCGAGAUGCUGUGCGACCAGGCGUGGGGCAGCAUGCUGGAGGUGCCCGCCGGCUCCAGGCUCAACCUCACCGGCCUGGGCUACUUCUCCUGCCACUCGCACACGGUCGUCCAGGGCUACUCCUAUUUCUUCUUCCUCAGGAUGGAUGAAAAUUAUAACCUCUUGCCUCAUGGAGUCAAUUUCCAAGAUGCCAUCUUUCCUGAUACACAAGAAAACAGAAGGAUGUUUUCCAGCCUUUUUCAGUUUGCAAACUGUUCCCACGGACAGCAGCUUGUGACUUUCUCCAGUGACUGGGAGAUCCAGGAAGACACCAGGCUCCUGUGCUCCUCGGUGCAGAAGGCCCUGUUUGAGGAGGAGGACCACGUCAAGAAACUGCAGCAGAAGGUGGCCACCCUGGAGAAGCGGAACAGGCAGCUGCGCGAGCGAGUGAAGAAGGUCAAGAGGUCUCUGCGGCAGGCCCGGAAGAACGGGCGCCAGCUGGAGCUGGUGAACCAGAAGCUGAGCGAAAAGCUGGCGGCGGGGGCCUCGCUCCCGCACAUCAACGCCCCGGGGCGCGAGCCCGCGCGCGCCCCCUACCGGCACGGGUAGUAGGUGAAAAAGGCGGCUGGGCCCGCAACAGUCCCCUCUGGCCAGGGGAGAGACACGGGCUUUCACCGGUGCACUUGUUUCAGACCUUGUAGAUCUCUAUUCUGUAGAGUCUAACCAGAUAGAAUGACAAGUCUUGCUUUCCCCCUGUUGGCCUUAGCCUCAGACCCUGAAUGCUGCCUCCUGUCCUGUCCCCAAUCAUGGUGCCCAGAAGUCCAGGGCUAGCAGGACCCUCGAGGGCUGAGUGCUUGGCCACGGUCUGCCCUCAGUUUCUGGGACAGCCUAGAAAGUGCUCUGGCUGGGGAAGAACCUCAGUGCACACACGUCAAGGGGCUCAGCCCUUGUUUCACACGAAAGUCAGUAGGACCUUGGUGCCUCCUUGUCCACACCUUUGGAAGCAGGCAGCCCCUUCACAACAGGGCAGGACAUCUUGACUUCAUCAGCACCGCCCCCACCCCAGGCCAGCCCAGGUAGGUUCAGCCUGAAUGAGCUCAUCACAGGUAGGGAGUUGAUUCUUAAGUGGGACUGCAGGAAAUUAAACAAGAUGGAUUAUACCUGGUUUUCAAUACCAGCUCCCAAGAGUUAACCAGUGAUACCCAAUCUAGAAGGCAGUUGCUUCUAUGGGGCUGCUGCAUUUCACCAAACUGUGUUUCUGAAUCAGUUUAGCUCAGCUACUGCUUAAUUUUAACUUCUUGUUUGCUCAUGAUUGCUUCUAAUGACUGUGUUUGAGGUGAGCUGCCCCAACACACUGUGAGCUUCUGUUCUGCAGACAUCUCCCUACCUAUGGGAUCAGAUGACCUUGUCUCAUUUCCAUUCAGGUUCCCAAAGGGCUUUUUCCAGAUGUUCCAACCUCUGCUUCUUUAUGCACUCCCCACUCUCUGGCUCAUCUAUGCCUGAUAGUAAUGGCUGCAUAGCAGUGUACUUGGCAUACAGAUCCUUAAGCCAUUGACCCACUUCACCUUCUUUAGAAAGAACUUUUCUAAGGCAACAGAGUAUAAAGGAGAGUAUUCACUCUUUGUACCACAUAGGCACAUUUGAUCAAGUCCCAACUGUGUUUCUAAGAAGUCAGCCAUCUCUUGGUUACCAUUGGAUAAUGGCCCUCCAAACCAGUGCCCUUCCCACCCUUUGCACCUGUGGAAGCCACUGGCCCCACAUCUGGAUCUGCCACCCAAAGACCACUGCAGGCCCUGCAGGGUUAAUGAUGCCACAUUCUGCACUGGAAAUGGCAGAUGCUGUCAGAUUUCUCAUCCCCUGCCAUUAGGAAGACAGGUGCUGCCGCUGUGGCAGUCAGUCUAUGAUGUUGUGAUGAGCCUUAUGUCACUUGAGUCUCAGUGGCAGGCUGCCACCUGGGGGAGAAGUCUAUGCCCUGAACUGGAUAGGAGGGGAAUGACUAUCCAGGGGCACCUGGUUGCUGAAUUUAUGCCCCCAUCUUGUUGGCUUUAUUCUUCAUGGCGUGCUGCUGUAGAAAAUGCAUCUUCUAGUUCAUUCUUCCUGGGCACCUUUUAUUAGAGUAGUUUGCUUACAGCCAAGCAAUUUGGAAGUCUAGGGGUGAUUUAUAGGCUGGGCCUGGAGAACUGUGCAAGCUGGAUCUCUACAGAUGCAUUAUGUUCUGCUUUUUCAAUAAAUGUGAGCAGUAAUUUCAACUACAACAA